CCGCCAACGCCACAGUCACCCCCGCCGUGCGGGCCGGAUGAGAAUGUCUGGCGGGCCGGAUGUGGCCCGCGGGCCGCCAGUUGGUGAUCACUGAGCUAGGGUUUACUGCCAGCGGACACUGCAUAUCCCCACAAUGGAUAACCCACUGGAGUGGUGGGCAGAAAACGCGCACCGCGUCCCCCGUUUAGCCAAGCUUUCGAGGAGCUACCUGGCUAUUCCAGCCACAGGCACCCCGAGUGAGAGGGUUUUUUCCCUGGCAGGCAACACUGUCACCUGAAAGCGGUCAAGCCUCCUUCCCUCACAUGUCGAUGCGUUGGUGUUCCUCAACGCAAACCAAAAAUCUGGAAAGGUGGACGUUAUCGUGGAGGACAGCGAGUAAAGUGUUGCGCAAUGCGCUGUUGCGCACUGGAUUUACGUGGCAUUUCAGUAAACAGAGUUUUUUGCUGUCGAUUUUGAUGGCUCACAGGCUGCUGGUGCGUAGGUUUUGGACGCUCUCCUCCAAAGAUCUCCGCUGCCUCCCGGUCUCCUCUUCCUUCUCUACCUCCCUGCAGUCUUCCAGAGUCCCCGUCCUCUCUCGCUCCCGCUCCCGCUCCCUCGCCCUCGCCUCCCUCCGCCAGGCCGCCUCCUUCAACAUCCAGGACCACGACGACUUCGACGUCCGGGUCAUCAAGAGCGAGCUGCCAGUGCUGGUGGACUUCCACGCACAGUGGUGUGGUCCCUGUAAGAUCCUCGGCCCGAGGCUGGAGAAAGCCGUGGCGAAACAGAACGGCAAAGUCACCAUGGCUAAAGUCGACAUAGACGAUCACACAGACCUGGCUAUCGAAUACGGGGUGUCUGCCGUCCCGACAGUAAUCGCCAUCCGGGGCGGGGACGUCAUCGAUCACUUCGUUGGGAUCAAAGACGACGAUGAACUCGAGUCAUUCGUCAGCAAGAUCAUCGGGAAAUGAACCUCUGAUCUCCCAUUCACCUGCAACAUGGUGAAUUAUUUUGGCUGCCAUUUUGAGCCAGAUUAGCAAAAGCCAAUAAACAAACUUCUCGCCACAAUGGCAGAACCAUCUGCUCACACCCAUCCCUGAAACUCCGCUUCAGCUGUGCUUUAUCGCUUCAGUCUUUGUCUCUUAUUUUUUUGUCUAGAGAUGGGUGUGUGCUUCCUUUCUAACCCUUUAGUUCAUGCCACGCUCCAUUUUAUUCUCAAUAAUGUGACGGCUCCUCAUUACAAGAGCCGGUUGUUGCUGUAACUGUCUAAUAGAGUGGAAAAUGUAAACUGUAUAUUUACAACAUUAGGGAUGAACAGUUUCUAGUUUUAGUGGUGGAGAGGAUUUAAGUUAAAAAAGCUGACGAUACUGAAUGAGGUUGUGGCAGUGUUACCUGUAGUUUCUGCUUUUGUCCA